CGUGACGCAGCGGCAGCAGGGGGCGGUGACGCAGGUCCAAGAUGGCGGUGCAGGUGGAGCUGUGCUGUGUGGACAGUUUCCCCGCUCACCUGAGUCCUCUGGACGCGCUGAUGCUCCAGUCUCACCUGGAUGUCGUCUUCCAGCGCGACACGGACCCGCCCACCGUCCUCUUCACCCCGCAGCGGCCGCAGGGACGCGGGCGGGCCGACGUGUUGCUGCGCGUCCACCCGACCGCCGACGAGGAGACCGCGGGCUGCGGAGAGAGACUCGUCGACAGCGAGUCGCGGAGCCGCGUGCGGCUGCUCGUCAGCCGCGUCUUCCUGCGGCACCACGGGCUCCCGCGGCUCGGAGGCGCCGGCACCGUCCGGCCUCUGGAGCCGGUCCCCCUGGACACGGUGGUGCUGGGAGCCCGCAGCAGGCAGAGCCUCCGCUGGGCCGGAGCGGGGCAGUUCACCGGCGCGCUGCUGGAGCUCUGCGGCCCGGGACAGUGGCUGCUGGCCCGGCAGGGAGACCCGCUGUUGCUGCCCCCCCGACACCCGCCGCUGGAAGAGGAGCCGGGACAGCAGCAGCUCUGGGACCUGUCGGUGUUGUCCUGCAGUCCGGUGACGCAGGGGCGGAUCACAGCCGACACCUCUCUGGUCCUGAUUGACUGCUGGGACCCGGUGGCCCCCCCGGCCCCCCCUCCUCCGCCCGGCAGGCCGCUCAGUCUGAGCGUGUCUGACUUCGCUCACUACGCCGACGGCCUCGCAGGGGGGCGGUCUCUUCUCGACAGCAGGAAGCUGCUGGGCUCGGGGUUCUCCGGCAUCCUGCGCGCGCUGGAGUGCAGGGUGGACGUGCGGGUGGUGGACGCCCGGCGAUGGGUCGGCGUGGGAGGCCGGCAGGGGGCGGCGGCGGUGGACGUGGACGGCUGCGUGUUUGUGAGCAAACAGCUGCUGCUCAGACUGGGGCUGUUCAACCACGAGUGGGUGAAGAUGUCCCGGGUGGGCGCAGCCUCCAGACCUCAGACGGGUCAGUCGGGUCAGUCGGACGUCAGGGGCGGCGUCGGCAGGGAGCGGCUGGUCUCUGUGGUGGUGGUGGAUUUGACACCGAGUCCAGAGCUACAGAACCACGAGGAAGUCGGUUUCAUAUCGGCGACUCUGUGGUUCAACUUGACUGAAGGGGAAGUGGUUCCUGUGAACUGCUGCACACUGAGGAUGAAGAGGUGGAGUCCGUCUCCGCCGCAGUCCGCCGGACGCUCUGACAGCUCCUGUCGCUCGGCUUCUCCUCCGCUGGCCGGCGAGCUUCACAUCCAGCCGGUGGCGUCUCCGCUGUACGACGGCCUCGGCCACUUCGACGCGCUGCUCUCGGAACACUUCAGCACUCCCAGACUGGUGUCGCAGGGAGACAUUUUAUCAGUUCCCACUGAAAAUCAUCCAGAUCUGCUACAGAACAACUCCGAGGGCAUCCACAGGAGUCCAGUGCUGUUCUUCAGAGUGCAGAAGGUUUGUCCGUCUGCAGAGAGAGAAGAAGAAGAGGAAGAGGACGGUGGAGCCGGAGCUCACCUGGCCGACAGACUUCACACCUCGCUCUACAUGGGAGCGUCCACCAACAGCCCCGUCCCGUGCUGCUCGCUGGACGGAGCGUCUCCUCCGGGCCUCGACAAGACCGUGGACCUGCUCAGCAGCAUCAUCCUGCCCCACCUGCAGCACAGCAGCUCCCUGUCGGGUUGCACCGUCCUCCUUCAUGGUCCUGCAGGAAGUGGUAAGGUGACGGUGACCGGUGCGGCGAGUCGCAGACUGAACCUCCACCUGCUGAAGGUGGACUGUGUGAGCGUGUGCGCCGACACCGCUGCAGCUGUGGAGGUGAAGCUGGCGUCGGUGUUUCAGAGGGCCGGCGCCCUGCGGCCCUGCGUCCUGCUGCUCAGGAACCUGCACCUGCUGCUCCGACCCAGAGGGGGCGCGGGCGAGGAGGACGGCCGGGUCCGGGCGGCGCUCUGCCAGCUGCUCGGCAGCGCCCCCACCAGUGUGGCGGUGGUGGCGACGGUCUGCAGACCUCGGGACCUGUCUGCAGGUGUCAUGACGGCGUUCGUCCACCAGUUGGCGAUGGAGAGUCCCACGGAAGAGCAGCGGCGCUCCAUGCUGGCCGGCCUGAGCCGAGACCUUCGCCUGGGCAGAGACGUCAGCCUGGAGAGGCUCGCCAAACUCACGGCGGGUUUCGUGUUGGGGGAUCUGAGAGCUCUGCUGGCGGAGGCGGGUCGCGCUGCCUGUAGGAGGCUGGUCCACAGCAGCGGUGGUCGUCCAGAGGAGGACCUGUGCUCCAGCGGAGUGACCGUCCUGAACCGGGACUUCGCCUCGGCCCUGGAGACGCUGCAGGACGCCCAGUCCAAGGCCGUCGGCGCGCCGAAGAUCCCCGACGUGCGGUGGGAGGACGUCGGCGGCCUGCAGCAGGUGAAGAGAGAGAUCCUGGACACGGUGCAGCUUCCUCUGCAGCGGCCGGAGCUCCUGUCUCUGGGUCUAAGCCGGACCGGACUGCUGCUGUACGGACCGCCGGGGACGGGGAAGACCCUGCUGGCCAAGGCCGUGGCCACCGAGUGCUCCAUGACCUUCCUCAGUGUUAAAGGUCCAGAGCUCAUCAACAUGUACGUGGGUCAGAGUGAAGAGAACAUCAGAGAAGUGUUCCACAGAGCGCGUUCAGCAGCGCCCUGCGUCGUGUUCUUCGACGAGCUGGACUCUCUGGCUCCCAGCAGGGGGCGCAGUGGAGACUCUGGAGGGGUGAUGGACAGGGUCGUGUCUCAGCUGUUGGCCGAGCUCGACGCUCUGCACUCGACUGUCGGGGUUUUUGUGAUCGGAGCAACAAACCGUCCAGACCUGUUGGACCAAUCGCUGCUGAGACCCGGCAGGUUCGAUAAGCUGGUCUACGUGGGAAUCAACGAGGAUCGAGUGUCUCAGCUACAAGUCCUCCAAGCCGUCCUCAGAAAGUUCCGGUUGGACCCCGCUGUGAACCUGGAGGUGGUGCUGGACAGUUGCCCCGCCCACAUGACCGGCGCCGACCUGUACGCGCUCUGUUCAGACGCAAUGACGGCCGCCAUCAAGAGGAAGAUCUCUCUCAUCGACGACGGUGUGGACUCACAGGACUCUCCCGUCGUCGUCUCUGCUGACGAUUUCUCUGCUGCGUUAGAAAACUUCAAGCCGUCAGUUUCAGAACAGGAGCUGCUGCGAUACAGAAACAUCCAACAGACACUCAGUGUGAAGUAGAAACACGUGACCGACGCCACGAGAGAAUCGACCGACGACGACGUUCACUCUCCAGACGUCUCAGGAAGCUGAAGGUGUAAUUAUCUGAUUCAGGAUGUGAGUCAGUCCUGGAAAAUUGACUUUGUAAAUUACUGUGAAGCAAUAACAUGUAAAUGAUGUUAAUUUAUGAAAUUGUAAAAUAUAAUGAACAAGCUAAUUAAUAGAUGUGGGAUUACAGUUUCAAAUUUCUGUCACAUCAUCUGCUAACGGGUUCAGAUCGUUAAACCAAUGGUAGGUGAAGUGUGACAUGAUUUCUGUCUUAACAAGGUUCCUGUGGCUUUUCAGAAAAACAGUGUAUGAAUAUACAAUUACAAUAUUACUAUUGUGACAUACUGGCUCUACUUUUACCACAAUACCACCACUACUGCCACUACAGCCAUAACCAGUGUUGAAUAUACUAUAUUAUAUAAUUAUUACACAUUUAAUUACAUCUGCAAAGAUUAGCCAAUACAUUUAGACAAAGUUAAUUGAAAGUUGAUUAAAUAAUUGAAUAUUUUCAA